GUACAUAAUCAUAGAUGUCGCUUUAAGUCGCGUCAAUAAAAGUGUAAACAAAUCUAACCUCAAAUAACAACUAACACAAAUUUACUUGAAUAUUUUAAUAAAUUAAGUAGUUAUUAUGGCUGAUGAUGGAGAUAAUAUCCCUCCAAUAACCGUUAAAGAACCUCUAGAUUUAGUGAGGUUAAGUUUGGAUGAAAGGAUUUAUGUAAAAAUGAGAAACGACCGCGAAUUACGAGGAAGACUUCAUGCUUAUGAUCAACACAUGAAUAUGGUGCUUAGCGACGCGGAAGAAACCAUAACUAGUUGUGAGAUCGAUGAAGAAACGUAUGAGGAAGUUUACCGAUCCACAAAGAGAACCAUUCCGAUGUUGUUUGUUCGUGGGGAUGGAGUAAUUUUAGUUUCCCCACCGAUGAGAACAGCUUAAUUUUUUAUUUUAAUGUGGAUUUAUGAAUAAAAGAUGUUUUUUUAACUAAAA